AUGGCUGCGCAGUUCGCAAAGCCACUUGUCAAAGGUCAAUCCGAACUUUCCUCUCAUCUGAUUCCAAUUCAAUUUUCCUACAGAAUCCGUGUUCGAGUUUGCCGCCCAAACGAUAUUCGCCACUGUGAACUGGGCUCGCACGAGCAUGAACAGUCUGUCGGUGGCGGAUCAAUUGCGUCUGCUCCGGCACAGCUGGACGCCAAUCUUCAUUUUCGCCCUCGCACAUUCGAAUUUCGGCUCCAAUCUGGCUUCGCACUUGUCCGAAAACGGAAGGUCCGAGGAUGAAAAGACGGAAGAAAAGCAGAGCGGGGUACUGGACGAAGUGCCUUUUAUGGGAUUUCAGGUUCAUCUCCCGUUUCGUUCCUACUGGAUUCAUAUUGUUUUCAGUCAAAUCUCGAUAAGAUCCGUGAGUAUCACCUGGACAUCGUCGAGAUCUCUUCCGUCCGCGCCAUCCUUCUCUUCAACUGCGGUAAGCCCUUCCUUCUACCGUAGUCUCGGCGAGUGACCUACAGUAUGCCCUGGCCGACUGCUUGAUGAGGUGGGGCAAUCCGAAGGGAUUACACUCGGGGCAUCUCGCGCGCCGCUCCCCUCCUUAUCGUUUUUACGCUUCUGCUCGGGGCCCCUUCCUUCCUAAUCCCAACCGACAUGUCAUCUGCGAUUCGCACUCUGCGCUCUCUCAUUUUCACACGCUCUCUCCGCGGUUCGUUCUUUUCGGUUGCCGCUACGCCAUUCAGAUGACGAAGGAUGAAUCUGAUAGGAAGAAGACAAUCAUUUUUCAGAAGAUGAGCAGGUCGAGGAUAAGAGCAAGAUCACCGAUAUUGUGGACAAACUGAAGGCGGCUGUUGAGGAGUAUUGCAAAGUUAACAAGAGUGCCGAUGUGAGCUCUUGUUUCCAAUAAUCCCUAAAGCCUUCUCAUCUAUUCCAGAGGUUCUCCACUAUCACUGAAUGCCUCCAACUGCUCCAAUCAACCCGUCCCCUUCCCGUCUCGCGGCUGUUCUUCUCCCGCCUCCUCGGAACAACUCCCCUCGAAUCGAUCCUUUCCGAUUUGCUCACGACGCCUCCGCCGACUCUUCCGCUGUUCCCACUGCCUUCGAGGAGCUAA